AUGGACCCCGGAGAGAUCGAACAGAAACCUCCAGUGGAGGCACCACAAUCCACGACCGCGCCACCAGAGAUGUUACUCGAAACGAGCGAAACAACAGUCUCAGCAGUGUCACCAUCCCCGCCACCCAUAACAGCACCCGACCCGGCACCACCAGUGAUGCUCGAGUCGCCGUUCAUGAGCGAACCUGAAGUGGCUGAACGCUCUCCGACGCCAAAGGGGCCGCUCGCCGACCCAAACCUAACACCUAUCCCCCGGACUCGCGGCACGUUCUUCCCCCGCUUCGCUCCUCUGCCCGAACGGCAAGGUACUGCGAGGCCGAGGGAAUAUCGGCGCGCACCGAGAAUGGAUGAGGCCGUGCACGACCAGAAGUUAUCUGAGAUGGGUUCAAUCCGUAUGGGCACGUCCGCGCUCAUCUCGGCUCUUUCAGCCCUACCUCUGGAGGCGGACGAGUCGUCUAUAUCGUCUGAUGAGGAGGUUGAGACGAAGAGCCUCCCACCGCAUCGGCCGAAGAUCUCGCGCAUGCACUCAUCGCUGCUGACGCUCCGCCCCAUGGCACCCGCAACUGAGGGCGAGCUGUACAGCACAAGAUCUCAGCCAGCCACAUCGCGUAGCCCACCCAGGGAUAACCACAGUCCUCUUAGGAGCGCCCGCAGCCCACCAGACAGUCCCGAGUCGCGGCACCACAAGCUUACAUUUCCAUACAAGGAGAAUGUGAUCUCGCGGCGGGCACGCGCACCGAGCAUAACCGAACUCAAGUACCAGCACGCACCAGCGAGCCCUGAGUUGGCACGUGAGGACCUGCUGGGACCAGGGCGCAUAACAUGUACCGAGACGUUGAGGGAGAUCGCAACUGGCACUGCCGAAGUGUCUGAACCAGUGGAGGAGAUCGAGGGAUCCGCGAUCGGGAGGCCAGAGCGAGGCCACCUUGCAGUCGAGAGCGAGAGCACUCCGCAGAUGCUCCAGAGCGUGUUUGGGCUCGCAGACCAGGAGGAGCUUAUCGAGGAGAUGCACUGCUGGUUGCUCCGCACUGAGAUGCUACAGGGCUACAUGUACCUCACGCGACGGCACAUCUGCUUCUUCGCCAAGGUCAGUCAAACGGAGAACGACAAGACGAUCAAGAGCGGUCCGUUGUGGAAGAAGGCCAGCCGGACCAAGAUGAGCACCAGAUUCUGGGUAACCCUUAGGAAUGAUGUCUUGUCCUGGUACGAUAGUCCGAACGACCCAUACUUUCCCAAGGGCAAUGUGUCGCUGCAAUAUGCACUCAACUGCGAUCUCGUGGACGAGACGCGCUUUAAGGUUAGACUCCCCGAGCGCCACUACAACUUCCAGUCGGACACGCCAGCCAAUGCCCAAGAGUGGGUGCGCGUCAUCCAGAAGUCUAUCGUCAAGCUGCAGAACGAAGGGCAAGGCGUCAAACUCAUCAUUCCGUGGGAGGCUGUGUACGAAGUAGAGAGAAGCCCCACGCUCGAGUUUGCCGAGACUAUCGAGAUCAAGGUGGUUGAUAGCGAGGACGCUAUGUCGCUCGACAGCUACUUUUUCGCCUCUUUCCCAGACAACGACUACGCCUACGACCUCCUUCAGACGCUCCUGCGCGAGCGCCCUGUUUCGGAAUUGCCGCCACCUGCUGCGCCACGUCCGAAGCCGACCGACCAGAAGCGCGACUCGCGCUCGAGGUUCAGCUUGACGAAUCUGAGCUCGGCACUACCAAUUCACAUCCCCAAGUUUGCCAGUGAUAAGAGGGACGCAGAUCACGAUCGUGUCCCAAUAGCUCCUCCGACGGUUCUCGACCUACCUCAGUCAGGUACGGAAUCGGUUGUGAACCACAGCGAGCCCAACUCGGAGAUGAGCGAGGACGAUGAAGCAAAGCCGCGUAUCAAGGGAUAUCCUCCGCGGCCGUCAGGACCAACCCCGCCAGGCAUGGUGUCCACCCCGUCUGGCUGGGCAGCGACGGACUGGAUCCGCCGCGGAUCCGCGCAACUGUUCGGCCCGUCUCCGGGAUCUCGGCUUCCCCCACCCAGGCGGAGAGUCACCCGCAGGGGAUCAGUGACGGAGGUCGUUGAGGGGUAUGCCUUCGAGAGCACGGACGAAAGUGACAGCGAGCCGGCUCGCUCGCGAACGAGACACUCGAUCCCUAGACUCAUGAGCACGGCCACUGAGCUAUCCCUUCCCACACAGGAGGACUCAGUCGCCAAACAGUUCCGCAAAACCUUUGCGUUGCCGGAGAAGGAGAUCCUCCUUGACCACAUGUCGGGAAGCCUAUACCGCGUCCUGCCGGUGUCUGGCCGAUUCUUCGUAUCCACGAACUACUUCUGCUUCAGAUCGUCUGGGCUCCUCAGCAAGACCAAGAUGAUCGUUCCCAUCCGCCAGCUGUACGGCAUGAAGGCGCAGAAGGCGUUCCGCUUCGGCCACCAUGCCCUCAUCGUCAUCAUCAAGGGGUAUGAAGAGCUGUUCCUCGAGUUCCACUCUGCGGAUAGACGCGACGAGCUUAUGACGCUGCUCGAGGAGCGGAUGGACGACGUCCGCGAAGCCGGUCAGGCGAUCAAGGCGAUCGAGACCACGCUCGGCGAGACUGCCGCUCUCACUGACGAUAUGGGCGGCAGCGUGCAGGCUGACGCAGCGAUCGGCUCUAUGUUCGAUUCGGCCACCAGCUCGUUUUUACAGUUCAAGCCCGAGCCGAUGACCAUUGUGUGCCUUACCAUCGGAAGCCGCGGCGACGUGCAGCCGUACAUUGCACUGUGCAAGGGGCUGCAGGCCGAAGGGCAUACGUGCCGCAUCGCGACUCACGCUGAGUACCAGGCCUGGGUGGAGGGACAUGGCAUUGGAUUCGCACCUGUAGGCGGCGACCCGGCCAAGCUCAUGGAGCUAUGCGUCGACAACGGCAUGUUCACUAUCUCGUUCCUCAAGGAGGGCCUGCAGAUGUUCCGUGGCUGGUUAGACGAGCUCUUGAACGAGUCGUGGCUGGCGUGCCAAGGCGCUGACCUUCUCAUUGAGUCUCCCAGCGCCAUGGCAGGCAUCCACAUUGCCGACGCACUGCGCAUCCCGUACUACCGCGCGUUUACGAUGCCGUGGACGCGCACGCGGGCGUACCCGCAGGCGUUUGCUGUGCCAGAGCACAAGCGUGGCGGGAGCUACAACUACAUGACGUACGUCAUGUUCGACAACGUCUUCUGGCGUGCAAUUGCGGGACAGGUCAAUCAUUGGCGCAAGAACGUGCUCAAGAUUGACGCGACGACCUUUGACAAGAUGGCACAGGAUAAAGUGCCAUUCUUAUACAACUUCUCACCUUCAGUGGUCCCACCUCCGAUGGACUGGACCGAGUGGAUACACGUUUGCGGCUACUGGUUCUUGGACAAUGCAGACGGCAAGAAGGACUGGACACCGCCGGAUGGAAUCGUGGACUUUAUCGAGAAUGCGCACGCGAGAGGCAAGAAGGUCGUGUACAUUGGCUUUGGCUCAAUCGUUGUCUCGGACCCGCAGGAGAUGACGCGCUGCGUCGUGCAGGGUGUUAUGGACUCUGGCGUAUGCGCGAUCCUGAGCAAGGGAUGGUCGGACCGUGGGAGCCGGGGUAAGACCAACCAUUCCGAGGUGGGCGAUUCGAUAGCAGAUGGCGCGGACGGCGUCGAGCUUCCACCAGAGAUCUUCUCCGUUGACGCAAUCGACCACUCCUGGUUAUUCCCACGCAUCGACGCCGCAUGCCACCACGGCGGCGCGGGCACGACGGCCGCGUCAUUGCGUGCAGGCAUCCCCACGAUCAUCAAGCCCUUUUUCGGCGACCAGUUCUUCUGGGCUGAGCGUGUCGAGUCCCUCGGUGUCGGCACAGGCCUGAGACAGCUCACAUAUGAGGGACUCGCGAGAGCGCUUGUCGAAGCCACGACGAACGAGCGGCAGAUCGCUAAAGCCAAGAUCGUUGGACAGACCAUUCGCGCUGAGGAUGGCGUCCAGCGCGCCAUCGAAGCGAUCUACCGGGACCUCGAGUACGCGCGUUCCCUUAUCCCUCAUGAGGAGGACCCUUACUCAAUCCGGGCUGGGCUCCCGCUCACGCUGUCGCGUACGCCAUCGCGGCAGGACAGCUCACACACCCCCUCCCGCUCAGGCAGCCACACGCACUCUCGCACGUCGAGCCUCGGCGACAUCCUCACUCACUCGCACUCGCGCACCCGCAGCACCGAGGGCAUGCGCUCCGACGGGAGCUGGAGCGUCGUCAGUGACGGCGGGGCGAGUCACAGCGACUCGGACGAACACCACCACCGCGUUCCCGUUCUCGGCAGUCUCGUCGGCCACAUCAGCUCGGCGAUCAACCGCGCCGAGACGCGCAAGUAG